GUUCGCUUGACUGCUAUUCAUUGCCUUCUCUCGCUCGCCGAUCCAUUUGUUAGGGUUGGCCGGUCACCCCUUUUGAACCACUUGGGCUCAUCAAGGGUCCCGGCCAGGCCCUGCAAUAUGACGCUAGAUGGCCACACAACAGCAGAUUCCCUGCCCUCAAGUAUAUCUCAGGCAGUCACUCCACGAUGGCCCCGCUAUUAAACAAAAUAUCUUUAGGACUAGCUGGUGUUUGAAUCCUUCGUCCUUAUGGCAGAUCUAGCGGCGAUUUUCUCAACGGUUUCUAGAGGCGCGAGGUUGGCGUUAGAGCUCAACGAGCUGGCCGCCACUACCCCGGAUGCCACCUACAACCUCCACAGAAUUGCUAAAUCUGUUAGCAACUUCUCUUUGACAGUCAAACAAGUUGGAACACUCAUCAAGGAAAAUGACCACCUGCCAUCCCUCGAAGCUAUCGAUGUUUUAGAAGACAUUCUCAACCAGUGCAAGGCUGUAUUCGUCGAGAUAAAGGCUAUUAUCCCGGCUGAAGGGGUCCAUAGCCAUCGCAGACAUGAUAGCUUUCAUUCACAAUCCCAAGACUUUAGGCCGAGUCCCUGUGCAAGUGCACGGCUAGUUUAUCUCCAGACGCAUCUUGAUGCCUUGAGAUCAACUCUGUCCGUCAUGAUGCAAACUCUUUACACAGCGGAGAGCGUUAUGUGGGCCAGGGUCCGACCAAUGAUUUCACCACAGCAAGAGGCACGAGCCGUAGCUAAUGAGAAAACACAAUUGGAGGCUCUAAUUAUCGAACAACAAAUGUCAUUGUUGUCAGCCUUGAGGGAAUAUGAAAGGUCGCGCCCGGAGGCGAGACUAUUAAUGGAGGACGACAGCUCUCAAAGCCUGGUUUCAAGAGAAGAGAAGGGCGGUUCACCAAAGCCCACGAAUCUCUUCUCAUAUCAAGAACACUCUCUCGUGGCCAUAGAUCCUUCGAGCAACCAAGAGGAAUGGCUUGCCGCAGUAUGCGCAAUAUCGAAGUCACAUCUCGAUCGCCUGUUGAAGGGAUGGACUCGGUUGCGCCAACUAGAAGAUAAAAUCUGCGAUGAGGAGCGGAGAACUGAAGCCCAGAAGAGAGAAACACAACAGCCGACUUGUGAAUCUGAUGGGAGCGAGGACCAAGUCGGAGCUUUACCCAAGUUCCGCCAUAACACAACCAGACUGGCGACACCGACACCGAAACGACCCACUGGUAUACAGCCGCUCUUUACCGAUGCUUCCACUUUACCUAUUCCAGUACCUGACUCAAAAAUUUUCCCUACUGCCCCCUUAUCGCCUGCCCCAUCAUAUGGGGUGUCUCCAAGAUCUUCGAGUAACUUACUACCCUCUCCUCAGCAUCCCACACACUCGCCAGUGUCCCCACAAUCGAGUAUCUCCAUUUUACCAAUCGAUGCUGCUGCCGCCGUCGAGGCUAAGGAUGCAGAUGACGACUUAGACCUAAAGAUUCCAUGGCGUUUAUGUUUACGCAGCCAUUACUGGGAGUACGUCGAUGGCAAGGUCACGAAAUCAAAUACUGAGAGGCUUACAUCCGACGCAUUUGGAGAUCGGAAUAGCCGGACUGAGAUACUUGCUUCGUGGGUGGAUAAAGAAGCAAUUAGAGAAGCAGGCUACAAGUACACGCAAGUUCAGAAAGAGCGUCGCGAUGGCCGCCGGACAAAGUUCGAGACUUGUUUUUGCAUUCAACAACCUUUGACGUUUUUGGAAGUCAAGCAUCUCGUCGAACGCACGGUAGAGAUCUACCGCCAAAAACAGCCAGCCUCCCCUCCUCCAAGACGUCGCUCAUCGUCCGAUCGCCCAUCGACACAUCAAUUCGUCCAGCCGGCUCAUGAUCGAGGCCGAACUCCGCUCGCGAACCAUCCACCAUUGGAAAGGUCAACCACUUCGUACCCUUUCCCACCCCAGGGCCCUCCCCUUGAUCGGUCAAACUCGAUGCCAGGUGCCAUACCAACCUAUCCAUCAUUUCCCAACCAGAAUCCCCACAAAUCGAGCAUUCAUUUACCUAUACCAACCGGUCCACAAUCCCCACAAGCUCCCCAGGCCCCGCAAGCUGGACCCUAUACUCCGCAAUCCCCUUACUUUCCCCAACCGCCACCAUAUAACCCCCAGACUUACAACCAACAAACAGCCGCUUACACUCCUCAAUCCGCACCCUUCGCCUCCCCACAAACGCUCUACCCCCUUUUCAGUCCAGCCUAUAACCCCACCACAGCCGGAGACUCUCGUCGAUCCUCAAACACAUACCCUCCAUCGCCGCUCCAACAAUCCCAAUCUCGUGCACGGGGUGAUCACUACUCGAGCACCUCGGCGACAUCGGAUUCAGACAGCGGGACACGGUCAAGGAGACAUAGGUCUCGCAGUCAACGCAGACAGUCUUCGGCGCACAGUCAUCGCAGUCACAAGAAGAAGGGACAUAGUACUGUGGGAACACUGGCAAAGGUGGGAGGGUUGGCGGCGUUGUUGGAUGGGAUUGUUGAUUUGGGCGUUUUGUAGCUUGGAUGGAGGUGUUACAAGGACUGUGGAAGGGUGUGUUAGAUGGACAUGGAGAAAGAUUGAUAUGGAUGGGGUGGGAGAUUUCGUGUUCUGUUUUGGGAGGAUUGGUUAGAGGGCGAUUUUUCUUGAUGCAGGAUUGAGGUUUUCUCGGGAAUGGGAGGUGAGGAUCUCAAAAUGGGAAACCGGCAAUAUUGAGAGGUACCGGAUAGUGUCGUGGCUACGAGAUCUGGUCGCAACGACAUUUGGCAAUGAGGUUAAAGGUGCUACAGUGUCAGAUACCCGAGAUGAGUCACGACCGUAAUGAUUGAGUUCGGAUUUGUCUAUUAACCGUACGCAUUUAGACUUAGCAACAGACUUAAGAUGGAG